GCAAGCUUCAGCUUGUUGUGAGGACAAAGCACCGCAGGAUGAGCUUCACAGCAACUAAACUAGGAUUCGAGCAGUGCGCAAAUGUUGCACAGAUUUCAAGGCUGCCACAGAGAUUAAACGCCAGAGCUCUGUCAAGCAAUGCAAAGACAAAAGAACCUUCCCAGGGCCCAGUGAAAGAUGAGUCCACAGCUGAGGCAACUGAAAAGCCUGAAAAGAAAUCGAUAGCAGAGGCAGAUGAUGAGCUCCGUCACAAGCUCGAAGGGAGGUCUGGAGAAGGAGGAUCAGCUGGCUUAGAAUACGAAGAUGGACGUCCGGUCUCAGUGAAGAGAAGCGUUCGAAAUAAUAUGUUCCGGUAUAUCUAAAUUCACUUGCUGAAUUCUAAUGAAGGAUAUUUCAUGGAGUUUGGCGAAUUGUCGGGCUUGUCAUUCAAACCUACCCCUCAAAUGUGUGUUAAAGGACUUUGGGAGACUUUUGGAAGAAAGGGGCAUAUGAUGGCACCGUCAAAACAAUUUUGCAUUCAAGUAUCGCAUUUCAAUAAUAAGUUCUUGAAAUAAUCUGCCGAGAGAGAGAGAGAGAGAGAGAGAGAGAGAGAGCGAUCUCUAUGAGAUAGGGAGAUAUACUCUAGGACGGCGCAAGCUCUAACAUAAACACUUUUGUCAACCCGAUG